CCUUGGUGGCAGCGGCCUCAGCUCCGGCCCCCGCGGGAGCAGCACCCCUUGGGGAAAGACAUUUUCUGCUCCUGCCAAGUUGGCAAGGCCUGCUUCCCAAGCCUCCUGAUCAGUGUGACUGCUGGGCCCAGGGCCUCCUGAAAGUUCCACUCUCUCCUCCUGAGGGCACACUGGGAAGAUCAUGGGUGAGACAGAAGGGAAGAAAGAGGAGGCUGACUAUAAGCGACUGCAGACCUUCCCCCUGGUCAGGCAUUCGGACAUGCCAGAGGAGAUGCGAGUGGAGACCAUGGAGCUUUGUGUCACAGCCUGUGAGAAGUUCUCCAACAACAAUGAGAGUGCUGCAAAGAUGAUCAAAGAGACAAUGGACAAGAAGUUUGGCUCUUCCUGGCAUGUGGUGAUCGGCGAGGGCUUUGGUUUCGAGAUCACCCAUGAGGUGAAGAACCUCCUCUACCUGUACUUCGGGGGAACCCUGGCCGUGUGUGUGUGGAAGUGCUCCUGACACCAUCCCCCUGCUCUCCCGCCUCUCCUCUGGGCUGGGGAGCAGCCCUGGGCAGAGCCUGGCCCCUACAAAGAGAACUCAGAGUCUUUUCUUUUGUCCUUGUGUACCAGUUUCCUGAGCCACACCCAGCAUUUGAAUUUAGUGACAUCUCCACUCCCGGGCUCUCCACUGUCUCCCCUGAGUCCUGAGCUGUGGACAGGCAUCUCUGCGUGCAUUGAGGGGUGGGAUCAUGUGACAGGUGAAGGGGGUGAGGCCAUGGGACUCUUCUCCUUGGAAUGGACUGGUCCCACCUUUCAUCCCAGGAGCCCUAGCAGUCCGAAAGACUGCUAGGAUAUAUCUCUUGUCCUUGUCAUUAGUGGCUUUGUGGAUGCAGCCCAAGAAGAGGCCUCUCCUCUCAUGAGACCCAGGACACUUCUCUCCUUGUCAUUGGGAAGGGGUUCCCUCUCCCCUUCCCCAGCCAACCCAGGGCUGAACAGACCAUCCUUUCUUACUGGACCAGCAGUUCACAGCCCUGGCUUUGGUGUAAGAAUCACACAGUCUUCCUGUCCCUUUCUCCCAGCCUGGGCCAUACAAACCUUUCAUAUCACCUCCAUCAGGUCAGCUGCAUGGCUGAGAGCUAGGGCUAUGGUGUAGAGCGAGUUCUCAAGAUGUUGCUGAACUCCGGUGAGGCCUAGGCCAGGAAUACUCUCACCGUGAGGCCCCAUUAGCAGGGAAACCUGGCCUGCCAGGGACUUCAUCAGGGACCGCAUGCUAUUUGUACUUCUUACCUUGCUGGCUUUUCUAGAUUCUUUUUGAGUGUGGGAAGAAGGGUUUUAGUAGAAGGGUGAAUCAUAUUUUACACAGCGGUCUUAUUUAUAUAAAUGUCUUGGUUUUUACAAUUAAAAUGACUAAAAACUAAA